CAACUUUGAAUACAACCAUGGAAUCUGGUGGGAAAAGGAAGGACAAAGGGAGCGAGAAGGACAGCAUCUCUCCUGGAGGGAAUGUGGCUCUGCAGCCUGAGCUAUCAGGGAGUGAAGAGAAAGGAGGGGAAGUGUCUACAAAAGGGAAAGAGGCUGCAACUCACAAACACAUGGUUCGCAGAGACAGUCACUUUCUUUCUCCCAUAGAAGAAUACAAGCAGAUGGAUACAACGUCCCGCAGUGUAAGCCUUCAGGAUCUGACAACUUUGAAUACAACCAUGGAAUCUGGUGGGAAAAGGAAGGACAAAGGGAGCGAGAAGGACAGCAUCUCUCCUGGAGGGAAUGUGGCUCUGCAGCCUGAGCUAUCGGGGAGUGAAGCAGAGAGUAGAGGACAAGUGUCUGAGGAACAGAAAGAGGCUGCAACAUGUGUCCACACAGAGGCUGAAACCCCUGGGCUUAAGAAAAAAAAAGUGUCUCCGCCUUCCUCACAGAUGCACAAGCAAGUGGAUGUAAAGCCCUGCAGGAAUAGGCUUCAGGGUAUGACAGCUGUGAGAAGUCUGCAAUCAGGAGAAAAAAGGAAUCGUCUCUUUCGUGGAUGGAAUGCUGCCCUGCCGAUUGAGUUACAGGGGUGCGAAGCGGAUGUGACUCUGGAUCCAGCCACAGCCCAUCCCCUACUUGUCCUGUCUGAGGAUCGGAAAAGCAUGAGAUAUGGAGACACAUGCCAGGAUCUGCCCAACAAUCCUGAGAGAUUUAAUGUUUCUGUUUCUGCCCUAGGAUCUGAGGGUUUCACCUCAGGCAGACAUUACUGGGAGGUGGAAGUGGAGGUGGGGCCUGGGAAAUACUGGGCUAUUGGAGUUGCCAGAGACUCUGUGAGGAGGAAGGGAAUGAUCAGCCUUGCACCUCAUUUUGGGUUUUGGAUUCUUGCCUCCCAUAAGGUAUCAUGGGUUCUGGAAAAGGGACCCAGGAAGAUUGGAGUUUAUCUGGACUAUGCAAGUGGAGAGGUGAGAUUUUACAAUGCUGAGAACAUGGAUCUGUUCAUCUCUCUCACUGCCACAUUUACUGGGAGAGUUAUCCCUUUCUUCCACUUCUGGUCUAUAGGAUCCCAUUUCAAGUUGUCGCCCUGCCAGAGAUAAAUAUUUAACUGUACCCACAGAGUACUUUAGAACAGAAAUACUCAUUUCAACUGAUCAUUCAUAAAAACGAAGUUAUUAUUCCAGGAUGUAACUCAUCAGUUGUUAUCUGAGCUUUAACUUCAUAUUUUACUUUUCACACGGGCAGAGAGGGGUGUAUGCAAACUUAUUACUUACUGUUUUCAGAAA